AUGACAACCGCCCGAACAAAUCUUGGUCCCCUUACAACACCAUUCUCCUAUCCCGCUCACUGUACCGUCGCAGUCAAGCAGUGCGAGAGCUGCGAUGUCUUCUGGCAGGCGCAGACUUGCAGCGAUAAUAGUAAUAACGCCCAGGGCGUUCAGGACGACCCGCAGUGCUGGCCCGAACGGCAGAAUUUAGACCUCUCCACGGGUGUUGCUCUAAACGGUUGGGGCUUUUAUUCGCCUGGCAUCUCAUGUCCUAUCGGAUACGAAACCUCCUGUGUUGCGACGGGGACCGUGAAUGGCGGUUUUCCAUUUCAGUUCUCGGUAUUACCCAGGGAGACCGCGGUAGGAUGUUGCCCGAGCGGAUUUCAAUGCAAACAUAAUCCAGGUGUCGAUGGUGCCCAGACUUGUUACAGCAUCGCCACUACUGGAUCGUUUCCGGUUGUCAGCUGUUCCUCAGGGAAAAGCAACGACUUCGCCGAUUACGUCGUGCCAGCGACGGUCACUGAAACUGUAGGAAGCGCAAGCACGUCACUCGCGGUAGCAUUGAUAAAUACCGUGACAAUCUAUGCACCGCUGUUUCAGCUUAAUUUUCAGAGCACGGAUUUGCCGUCCGUCAACCCUGACCGGACUGCAGCUUCAACACUGUCCAGUACCCAUACGAUACCAGGGGACUCCAGCUCUCCAACUUCAUCAGCAGCGGGAGGUCUUUCGACUGGUGCGAAGGCCGGGAUUGGGGUUGGAGCUGCUGUUGGGGCUAUCGGAAGCAUUGCUCUUUUGACAGCAAUCUUCCUCUAUUACAGAAAAAGGGCCCGCAAGAGUCCUAGUGAACUUAUGGUAACGGAACAGAGCCCGUCAAAUUUGAAGCAACCGAUCUAUCAUCCGCAGACGUAUUCACAGCCGGCUCAACCGGUAGAACUUUCGUCUCAAUCAUAUUAUAGCCAACUAUCAUAA